ACAUGAUCAAGCAACUCGAACGACAAACCGGCAUAUUCAGUUGGAUUUUAGAACAUCGAAUGGGCGGGCGUGUGUAGAAUGGAUCGUUAAGGACAUAAAUAGUUUUUUUUCAUUCCGCCUUCUAACAGUGUUUGUUUAAUACCUUCUGGCACAUUUUCCAUACAUCCUUCUCGACAGUGGUGCUUUUAUUCAUUUGUUUUAGCGUUUAAUUUCAACCACCUUUUAUUCAAAGCGCCGUUCCGAUUUCUAGUCGAGAGGGCAGCCGUACAAGUUUGAAAGCGGCUUUUGGGUAGAAAUAUCUACUCUCAAAAUUUUGUAAUCGCAGCAACAAGCAUCAAAUAAUCAAAAUGGUGAAGAAAAUUAUAUCGGAAGAAAGUGUAGACAGCGGAGUGGGUCGCGGCAGCAGCCAGUCAGGCAGCGAGAGGGAGUGCGAGGGGCUCAGCGAGGCGUCCGUCCCCGUGCCCAUCCCAGAUAGUGACGACUUGCUGCGCCGCAAGGAGGAGGCCAGGAGGAAGCGCCGCAGGAAGAAGCGCUCUGGCAGCUCGGUGGUCACCUCGUGUUUCCAAGACCUGUACAAGCUCACGGGUGAGGUACUGGGCGAGGGUGCGUACGCGUCAGUUCAGACGUGCGUGAACAUCUACACCGGCCAGGAGUUCGCUGUGAAGAUCAUAGAUAAGGUGCCGGGUCACGCGCGCGCCCGGGUGUUCCGGGAAGUGGAGACGUUCCACUACUGCCAGGGACACCCCAACAUAAUCCAGCUCAUUGAAUUCUUUGAGGACACCGACAAGUUCUACCUUGUCUUUGAGAAGAUCAACGGUGGUCAACUGCUCGCUCGGAUCCAAGAGCACCAAUACUUUUCGGAGCCGCAAGCGGCGGAGAUAGUCCGGGAGCUAGCCAACGCCCUCCACUUCCUCCACGGCAAGGGCGUCGCACACCGAGACCUCAAGCCCGAGAACAUACUGUGCGUGAACCGUGACACGCUCUGCCCGGUCAAGAUCUGCGACUUUGAUCUGGGGAGCGGGAUAUCGUUCACGUCGAGCCUCGCGAGCCCGUUGGCGACACCGCAGCUUAUGACGCCGGUGGGCAGCGCGGAGUUCAUGGCGCCCGAAGUGGUGUCCCUGUUCGCGGGCUCGGCGGCGGCGCACUACGACAAGCGGUGCGACCUGUGGUCGCUCGGCGUGAUCGCGUACAUCCUGCUGUGCGGCUACCCGCCGUUCCGCGCGGACUGCGGCGCCGACUGCGGCUGGGAACGCGGCGAAAACUGUCGCGCGUGCCAGGACCUCCUGUUCACGUCGAUACAGGAGGGCCGCUAUACAUUCCCCGAGGAGGAGUGGUCCCACAUCUCGGUGGAGGCGAAGGACCUGAUAAGCCAGCUGUUGGUCCGCGAGGCGUCGCACCGGCUGAGCGCCGAGCGCGUGCUGCAGCACCCCUGGCUGCGCCGCCCGGCCAUCGCCGCCAAACACCCGCCGCUGCAUACGCCGCACAAUAUUAAGAGGAACAUGUCAGCGCGCAACUUGUCCAACUUCGCGGAGUCGGCCAUGGCGGUGAACCGCGUGAUCGCGCAGCACUUCUCCAUGAACUACUCGUACAUGGAGCGGCCGACGCUGCGCCACAGCAAGUCCUGCCACCCGGCCGCGCUGCCGGAAGACGAGCUCGGCCUGUCCCCGCCGGCCGAAUCCCAGUUAAUGCGCCGCCGCUCGCAGCUCGCUAAACCUAUCGCAGCGGCCCACAGCGCCAGGCCCAGUUGCGCCAGCUGCGCUUAGGGCGUCUGGCCCAGUUGCGCCAGCUGCGCUUAGGGCGUCUGGCCCAGUUGUGCCAGCUGAGCUUAGGGUGUCUGGCCACUAGCGCCAGCUGCGCUUAGGGCGUCCCGGCCCAGUGGCGCCAGCUGCGGCCGUCCGCAUUGGCUGUUUACGGCGCGACUGUGUACAUCGAGUGUUUCGAAACUUUCAAAAUCGGCAACUUUUGUGUACGCAGCUCGCCUACUAGCGCUCCGUGUGCGCCAACGUUACGAACUGUAGCAACCCCGAGUAUACGCGACACGAACGAGUGCGUUUUGCGGCCUUACUUCCCGCGCGCAUCGGUUUACCCGAAGUACCUGCUAAAGUGCCGGAUCGAGUCCAAGAAAUGUCCGAUGCGCUUUGCAAAAUUGUAAAUUUCCACAUGAGAUUUCGCAGCCCGUCCCGGCCGGCUCCGACGUCUAGAAUUGUAGUGAGGGUCGGGUCUGUUCUAUCGUCACCCUUUCCUAGUUUCUAUCUCUCAGUAAAACCGAUGUAACACCGGACAGUUUAGUUGUAGUGUUUUGUCAAUUUUUUUUUUUAACUCCCGGUAUAACGUCGAUAAACGCAAGCGAGCGAUAUAGGUUUGUUCGAGACGAUAUAAUGCAACACCGGUGCCCUUUGUCCGACUAGCGAGUGCUGGCUUCCUGGCUACUGUGUCCGUCACAUUCCAUCAUGCCAUAACGAAGGAACCCACCAACGUACACCCGAACAGCAAUGUGACCUUCCAAUGUGCACCGCACACCUGUCGUGUGCAUCCCAGCGGUUGUGUUACAAUGUUGAUGUCGUUGAGAGACUGUGCCAACGGUCGAUACCUCCAGUGAUCCUAUCACAUAGUGUGAGUGGUACUUAGUGCUGUAAAGUUUUGUUUGAGCCUUGUAAAGAUAUAUUUUUAUGGGUAAAAAACGACUGAAUAGUUUUAUCAAUAUGUAGGGUGUUUGUGAGUUUAUGUGGGCGGUGCCCGCCGCCCGAUCCGACCCUGGUCGAAAAAUUGUAUUAUUAUUGUAUUGAAAUAGUUGUUCGAUCCUCGUACUUUAAUAGAAAACGGAUGUUGUAAUUAUUUCAGGAUUUGUAAAAUCCGUCGAAUUGAGCUUCUUAUGAACUGGAUUAUGUUUGUGGCCUAUCUGUUGCGUUGGAUGAAUUAAUUUUAGUAGCUCUUUGGAAUACUAGUCCGUCGAAUUGUUUUGCAUUUUACGCUGACAGUGGGGAAAGAUCACAUCUCAUAACGUAAGAAUGAAUAAAUAUAGAUUUAUAUAAGAGUUAGGGGCAAUAUGUGACAUUUUCGCUUAGUUACAAGUGUAUGUUUGGGGUGAUGAUAAAGAAAAAGCUUUGUAUUGUCUAUUUUCAAGAGGGCACUCGUAAACUGUGCCUUCCCUAUGAGUUUACUAUCUGUAUGUAAUUAAAAAGUAUUAAAACUGAUUUGUGAAAAUUUGGCCUUCUUAUAAAUUUUUUUCAACGACUUUUUUCUUGUAACAAGUAAACUCAUGGUCGAAGGCACUGCUGAAUGUCAUAUAUUUUUGACCACAGGCUCAUCUUGUAGCCCAGUGACUGUCCCAGUCAUGGUCUCAGAUAAACAAGCGGACAGUCAGUGGGCUGGAGGAGUUAGCUGUAACGGUAACUUGGAUAAGUGUUGCAUGGAGUUCCAUGGAACUGCCAUAAAAUUGUGAUCAGUUUGAAUACUUUUAUAUUGCUGAAACGUUGAUAUAAUGUUAAGAUUAGACCUGCUAGUAUAUGAUCUGCGUACCACAUUGAUUGGAAGAUUCAAUGGUUUGCCACCAUCGGUACUUUUUGAUUUUUUUUGUUAAUUACUUAAUGAUUGUAAAUGAAAUUUUGUAUUUGGUGGUCAUCCAAUCAAUUAUUAAACUACGGCAGUAAUUACUUUGUUAUAAUUUUGUUUUCGACUAAAUCAUUAUUUUGAACUGUCUUCGAAAUACAGAUGUUUGAAUUUUA